GCAAAAAAGAAGACGGCACUGGAACAGACGAGAUCUGCAAGAGAUAAACAGAGAGACAGAGAGAGAGAGAGAGAAAGCCGGAGAGGGAGCAUUAGCAUGGACGCACAGUAAUUCUGCCGUGUUUUUGCAUGCAUCGUGCCGUCCGUCCGCUGUGUGUCGGAGGAGAAGCAUCCGUCUGGCGCUCGCUCCAUCCUCGCUGAAGAAAGCAGAGAGCUCGUCUUACUGAAGUCGUCCCAGAGCGCCUGCUGUUUUGUGGUUCGAGCUGAAAUGGAUCAGAAAAGCUUCAUCGUGUCAGAAACGCGUCUGUGAACACCGGAGCCAAUGGAUAUUAAAGGCCAGUGCUGGACGGAUGAAGAAUCGGAUGGAGAGAAUGAACCGGAGCAGUUCCUCUACGGGAUCCAGGGGAGCUGUGCGGCUGACCUGUACCGUCACCCACAGCUGGACGCUGACAUCGAGGCCGUAAAAGACAUUUACACGGACAGCGCUGUGUCCAUCAGGGAGUACGGCACCAUCGACGACGUGGACAUCGACCUGCAGAUCAACAUCAGCUUCUUGGAUGAGGAGGUGGCGACCGCGUGGAAGGUGAUCCGAACCGAGCCCAUCGUCUUACGCCUGCGUUUCUCUCUCUCACAGUACCUGGAUGGACCGGAGCCGUCUGUGGAGGUGUUUCAGCCGUCCAACAAAGAAGGCUUCAGUUUGGGCCUUCAGCUGAAGAAGAUCCUCAGUACGUUCACGUCUCAGCAGUGGAAGCACCUCAGUAAUGAGUUCCUCAAAGCCCAGCAGGAGAAGCGACACAGCUGGUUCAAAGCUGGAGGAACCAUCAAGAAGUUCCGCGCAGGACUGAGCAUCUUCUCCCCGAUUCCCAAGUCUCCCAGUUUCCCCCUGAUCCAGGACACAGUGUUAAAAGGCAAACUGAACGUGCCCGAGCUCAGAGUCACCCGGCUCAUGAACCGCUCCAUCUCCUGCACCAUGAAGAACCCCAAGGGGGAGCUGUUUAGCUAUCCUCCGAACAGCCAGACUGUGGCUGUCCCGGCGGGCAGGGCCCCUGCGCAGAUUACCACCCGCCAGCUGAUUGAGUUGUUUUUCUCAUCCCAGGCGGGCGGACACUGCAAGAACAUCCCCACGCUGGAGUACGGCUUCCUCGUGCAGAUCAUGAAAUACUCGGAGCAGCGUAUCCCGACUCUGAACGAGUACUGUGUGGUGUGUGACGAGCAGCACGUCUUCCAGAACGGCUCCAUGCUGAAGCCCGCGGUUUGCACGAGAGAGCUGUGCGUGUUUUCCUUCUACACGCUGGGAGUGAUGUCCGGAGCGGCCGAGGAGGUGGCCACCGGCGCAGAGGUGGUGGACCUGCUGGUGGCCAUGUGUCGAGCCGCUCUCGAGUCGCCCCGGAAGAGCAUCAUCUUUGAACCGUACCCGUCUGUGGUCGACCCCAAUGACCCCAAAACACUCGCCUUCAACCCGAAGAAGAAGAAUUAUGAGCGUCUGCAGAAAGCUCUAGACAGUGUGAUGUCUAUUCGGGAAAUGACACAGGGCUCGUAUCUGGAGAUUAAGAAGCAGAUGGAUAAACUGGAUCCUUUGGCUCAUCCGUUACUGCAGUGGAUCAUCUCCAGUAACAGGUCUCAUAUUGUCAAGCUGCCGCUCAGCAGGCAGCUGAAGUUCAUGCACACUUCUCAUCAGUUUCUGCUGUUGAGCAGCCCGCCGGCGAAAGAAGCACGCUUUCGCACCGCAAAGAAACUCUACGGCAGCACCUUCGCCUUCCAUGGCUCCCAUAUCGAGAACUGGCACUCGGUUCUGAGGAAUGGACUGGUCAAUGCCUCCUACACUAAACUGCAGCUGCAUGGAGCAGCGUACGGGAAGGGCAUCUAUCUGAGCCCCAUAUCCAGUAUUUCCUUUGGAUACUCAGGAAUGGGGAAGGGUCAGCAUCGCAUGCCCAGCAAAGAUGAGCUAGUCCAGCGGUAUAACCGCAUGAACACGAUGCCACAGAGUCGGCCGAUUCAGUCACGCUUCCUCCAGAGCAGGAACUUAAACUGCAUCGCUCUCUGUGAAGUGAUCACGUCCAAAGACCUGCAGAAACACGGAAACAUCUGGGUGUGUCCGGUGUCCGACCACGUCUGCACGCGCUUCUUCUUCGUGUACGAGGACGGUCAGGUGGGAGACGCUAACAUCAACACACAGGAGCCCAAGAUCCAGAAGGAGAUCAUGCGUGUGAUCGGCACACAGAUCUACUCCAGCUGAAGCCUCUCGUCCAUCAACUCUAUCCAUCUCUACUUUCUUUAGUCCUGUCUUUCUCAAGGGAGGCGGGGUUUCUGCGCGAGCGAGCGAGCUGAAGGACAACUUCACAGACUUCAACGCAGACAGGCUCCUGAUUGGACGAGACGGAUCUCGGCGGAUCACACUAAAUAUCUGUACACGUGCAACCAAGAAAGUCAUUCAAAAUGCGUUUUUUGGCAUCUCUGGAUAGUAAAUAACGAAUGUGUGCGUUUUAUUGUGUUCUCCUGUAUCUCCUUCAUCUUUCCGCUCCGCUGGCGUGUAUUAAUAUCUGCUGAAAUCGGUUUCCCGUCUUCUGUUGCUCGGCUCCGCUUACACGUCGUUACUCAUGGUUCUGCUUCCGGCUUUCUUUCCGUCCUCAGACACAUCCCCGAGCGCUCGUGGGCGACCUCCACAGACGGCCAGCAGUCAAACGUUCGGACGCGUUAUGGUUUGUGUUUUCACGCCGGCAGUAGAGCGCGCAAACCCUGAGAUUCACAGCCGAGACUCUUUUGAAGUUGACGUGCGAUUUAAGAUGCUGAAGCAGUUCUCCUCGACUGAUUCGAUGUUUGCAUUUUUAAGGAAAAACUUUUAAUGCACGCUAAAAAAAAAAAAAAAAAAAGAUAGGUAAGUGGUUGCGAUUAAUUUAUUUGAGCUACUUUUAGAUAAAUUUAGUCGACUCACUUCCAGCUAAAUUUAUUUAAAUAGUUUGAUUGCGCACACUUACCUUACUUAAUAAUAAUAAUAAUAAUAUCAGUAUUAAAAUAUAAUAUAAUAAUGCAUUCAAAAAAAAAGUUAAGCAACCUUCAGAUCAAGCCAAAAUACAUUUCUCAGUAAUAAACCGUAUUUAAAUUGAAAUCAAUUUAUUUAUAAUAACUUUUUUUCAUCAUUUAAUUGAAAGGUUUAUGACUUUUUCCUGAAAAUAAAAUUGGAAAAGUUACAAAAGGCACUCGAAUUUCAGAACGUGCCGCUUCAUGAUUUCUAUGAUUUGUUUUCGUGAUAUUAUGAACAUAAUUUUCUCGUCAUAACCUGCCAAUAUGGCUGCUGAGUUAUGUGUAUGUGCUGAGUUAAUUGUGUCUGUUUUUGACAGGUUGGCAGGUUUUGCAUGGAUAAAUUAUUUGUACGAUAUUCCAUAAAAAAAAUCAAACAUUUUUUUUUUUAUAUAAAUAUAUCAUUGAUUUUUGCUGUUUCCGUGUCCAGACGCCUGACUGCCGGUGUGUGUGUGUAAGUGGUUUGUUUGAGGAGCUGCCCUGAUUCUGGACGUGGAUGCGGUCAGCUCUGUUGUUUCUGAUGAUGAACUGCUUGUACGGGUGGAGCUGAAUAAAUAAAGAGAGAUUUUGCACAA